AUGGCCGUCGAGCUCGAUUUGAACAGCUCCAUAGAAGAGGAGAAUAAGAGCAAGAAGAAAAAGAAGCACAAGAACCUCGAAUUUGAAGAUGGGAAGAUUGACAACAACGACGGCAAAAGCUCGGAGAAAAAGAUUAGCAAGAAGAAGAGAAAGGCUUCUCAUGAGGAAAAGAGCGACACCAUCUUUGAUGUGACAGUGAGGGCGAAUGGUUGUGCUUUGAAGAAUCUGAAACUAAGAAUGAUGAGGAUUAUGAGGAUAUCGAAGGUCCUAAGGGAGAAGUUGAAGUCCAAAGGAAUUGAGUCAAUGUUCCCUAUUCAGACGAUGACCUUUGAUUCCAUAUUUGAUGGGUCUAAUUUGGUCUGUCAGGAACGAACUGGUCAGGGUAAAACUUUGGCCUUUGUGCUUCCAAUUUUGGAGUUUUUGACAAAUGGGCAGUACAAGGAAGCUAAGAAAACUGGUUGUGGAAGGCCUCCAAGUGUAUUGGUGCUUCUGCCAACUAGAGAACUUACAAAUCAGGUGUAUGCAGACUUUCAGGCUUAUAGUGGUGCAGUGGGGUGGAUAAAGGAUCAUAUAGAGAGGGGAACUCUUGAUCUAAAAUUUUUGAAAUUCCGCAUCCUUGAUCAAGCAGAUGAAAUGUUGAAUAUGGGCUUUGUUGAUGAUGUUGAACUAAUUCUUAGUAUGGUUGAGGAUGUGAUAGUAGGUGAGCACCGUCGGGAUGGCAUCGAACAUGAGAACUAUGCACCAGACAAAAUCGAUCUAAGGGACGGUGGAGGCUACGGUGUCGACGGCGUAGGAGGGGACAGGGAAGCAGUGGUUGAAGACGGUGGAGAUGAUGAAGGCGAUCGUGCCAUCAACGAGGAUGCUAAUGCCCUGCAUGACAAAGAUAGUGGCGAUGAAGGCCCUGCGGGUCUUCUUGUUGGCAUACUCGAAGAGUUUAUGAGAAAGAAAAGGAGAUGA